CCGCGGACGCUCUAGUCGUAAAGUGGGCGGAGCCUGUGGUUGUUGGCGGAUAGUAAACAAAAAGUUAGCCGUUAGCCGGGAUCCACAGGGCGGAUAUAAGAGGAAGACGAGGGUCGGUGAAGUCCAGGAUGAAGGCAUCCUCGCUGCGCCUCCUCCUCCCUCCUCUCCGCCUGCUGACGGCGGCCAUGUGGCAGGUGGUCCAGCAGCAGAGUGUUAAGCAUUAUGGGAUGCUGGAGGAGUUUGUGUCCCUGGUGACCGAGGCCGUCCCACAGCUGCUGACAGACAGGCAGAGAGGUCUUCUGCUGCUGGCUCUGAGGACCAAGGUGACCCUUUCUGAUCCUGCUGAUGACCAGGCUCACCUGGAGAGGAUCCACUCCGUGUCUGAAGCAUCGCAGGAUGAAGAUGUCACUGAAUGCUGCUCUGCUCUUCUCAACCUCACCAACAAACUGACUGAGACUCCCGCAGACUCACGGCGCCUCCUGCAGGAGGUGUUUAACCAGAACUUUGACUCCGCCCUUCAGUCUCUGGUUUCAGACUUUCUGUCCCGGAUCGAGCAGCUGUUUCCGGUCCCAGACUUCAGACAGGCUGCCUGUUGGCUCCAUGACGCCCCCUGUGCCUUGGAGGACUCUCUGCAAGAGACACACAGGAAACACCUGAGGGAGCUUCUGACCAAUCAGAGUUGCCGACUGGGCCAAGCAACAACUGCAGUUUGUGGUGAAAGUGAGGAAGCGCUCCUGUCAGCCUGGUCCCACCCCCUCCUCACUAAACGCUCCCAUCCUGACCCGGCUAACCAAUCAGGGAGUGGUGCUCCGCGGCUGGACACAGACCUGGUGAAGGUGGAGGUGGUGGUGAUGAUGGAAGAUGAGAACGAGGGGGUGGAGGAGGAGGCUGUGGUUGGUCAGAACAUGUCAGAAGAGAAGCAGGAGGUGUCCAAUCAGAGCUCAGAGGGAUGUGGAGUCACACCUGUGGUCGAGGACGGGGACAGAAUAAAAGAGUCACCUGGAGACUGCGACAGCCAAUCAGAGGGCUCUGAACUCACAGCCAGCCCCCUGCACAGCGUUUCAGACAGCUGUCAGCGUGUGGCUCAUAGGUGUCCUGAGUGUGGGAAAUGCUUCAUCUACAGGUCUCAGGUGAUCCGCCACCUGCACUCCAACAGAACCUGUGGUUCAGCUGGAAAAGCUGGAUCUGGAGCCCUGCAGGUCCAAAGUGAAAGUCCUGAAGUGGAUCCCUGCCCCCCACAGCCUCACCCUGUCAGGACCCACACCUGCUUCCAGUGCAGCACCAUCUUCAAAACCAGAACCGAGCUGCUAUUUCACCAGCGCACACACCAGACCCGUCCCGUCUACAAGUGUAACCAGUGCGACAGGGCCUUCCAGCACCUGUCCAGCCUGACCAAUCACAAGCAGACUCACCUGGACAAGGAUGGUUUCGCCUGCAGCAAGUGUAGCCGGACAUUUGAGUCUUCCAAUGAGAGGGACGUCCACCGUCUGCAGCACCGUCUGCCCGACCUCAGCUGCUCUGUCUGCGCGCAGACGUUCACGUCGCAGACACUGCUGCUGCGACACCUGCAGACGCACUCAGCCCAGGGAGCCCAGUGUGUUUACAGCUGCCUGUUCUGUGACCAGAGCUUCUCAGGAGUGACUCAGCUGCGCAUCCACCAGCGCACGCACAGCUUCCGCUCCUACCAGUGCGACCAGUGCAACAAGUCCUACAGCUCAAUGACAGGGCUGCAGUCCCACCGAGCCACCCACAGCACUGACAGCCACUUCCUGUGCCCCCAGUGCGGCAAACGCUUCAAGACCCGCGACGGCCUGGAGGGCCACCUGAGGACCCACACCGGGGAGCGGCCCUUCCGCUGCCCCUACUGCCCCAAGGACUUUACCGCACUCGCCGGCCUCAACGUGCACGUGAGGCGGCACACCGGCGAGCGGCCGUACGUGUGCACGGUGUGUGACAAGGCGUGGCCAUCCGGAGGCGACUUGCAGAAACACAUGAGGACCCACACUGGGGAGAGGCCCUACGUCUGCCAGGAGUGUGGGAAGGCCUUCUCCAUCUCCUGCCACCUGACUGAGCACCGUCGCAUACACACAGGAGAGAAGCCGUACUCGUGUCCUGAAUGCGGGAAGUGUUUACGGAGGAAGUUCGACUUGAAGAAGCACCUGCUGUCCCACAGUAAUGUCCGUCCCUAUGCCUGCUCCUCCUGCUCCAAGAGCUACACUCGACAGACUCACCUGAACAGACACCUGCUGACGCACAGGACUGCUGACAGACAGCAGGAGAAGGAGGUGGAGCCGGCCGAGGAGGCCUGAUGAGGAGGCCUGACCUCCUGAAGACCUGCUGCUAAGAUCUUUAGGUUUCAUUAAUCCUCCAUGGAGACAAUGAGUCGUCUGACUGAUUUUUCUGCUGUUCCACACCAAGUAUAUUUAGUGUAUGAGUUAAAGGCUGUUCACACCCAGAGUAACUAUGCUGCGUUUAAUGACCACCUUAAACUCUGGCUUUCUGAGCUCCUCACAGGAUCUGAAUGUUGUUUUCGGUACCUUUUAUAAUCAGUUGAAAGGGAACCUGAUGAAACAUUAGAUUAAAGACGUUAAAUGUAAUAUUUAGCUGAUCAGUACGGGUUUCUCCAGAGUUUUAUGACUGCUGCAUGGCUGCAGACCCUCUGAGGACCACGUGUUUCAUCUUUAGGUUUUAUCUUCAGGUUCUCUGUAAAUCCAUUAUGUUCAUUAGUUUUUACUCUAGUAACUUCUCUUCAGCUGGGAGGAUGGACUAAUGUAUUUAAUUCACAUGUUUUAUUGCAGAACUUCAGUUGUUGAGAUGUUUCUGUGUGAGGUGAACUACUCGAUUAAACACCAGGUGGUCCGUUU